AUGUAUGAGAUAACGUGUUCCGCUUUGGUCGCACAAGUUGGCAAUAGUUUUGAUGCUGAUAAGAACCAGACAUUGUUGGAAUUUCGGCCUAUUCCGGAGACGAAACGACUUUUGUUACUAUCUUAUACUGCAUUUUAUUGUCAGGCCAUGCCAUCUUUCCAAAUGGUCAUGGAUAUCUGGUCUCUUGGCAACAUUUGGUAUCGAUCACUGCUACAUGUUAUCGGGAUGAGAAGUGUAGCUUGGGUCAGCCAAAGCCCCCAAUGCAGAGGCCUCGGUAUUGUUGGCCUCCCUAACAGCGACUUUAUGUCCCUUCCUUUUCAGACGAGAUCCAGUGAUCCCGAAUCACGAUCCUCCAUCAAUACGCCUCUGACAACUAGGAUCGAGGUGUUGCACGAUUUGACCGUCAAGACUGUUAAAUCAGUUUCUGAGCCCAUUGAUCCCUCCGUCUUGAGAAUCCAGUGA